GCUCAACUCGACUCAUCAGUCAUCACCCUCUCUGGUUCCCUUCCGGGUAUCCCAGAAUCCAUCCCCCACUGCACACUGCUACUGCCCGCCCAUGGACCCUGAUUUUAGGGCUACAGCAUCAUCAUCAUCAUCAUCUUCUUCUUCUUCUUUUUCUGCAUCAUCUUAGUUCUCGUCUUCGUCUGCGUUCUCAUGUUACCAGCCAAUAUGAACUCAUCGCGCUAUACGCGCCUUGCAGUCCUGACCAUUCCAACUCUGAUCCUAAUCUUUCUCUUCUGUCUGAACCGGGACCUCCUACCGACAUCCAUCAACGACGCCGUCAGCGCCCCCGGUUUCCCGGAUACUACUACUACUACUACUACAACUAUCACCACCACCAAUAAUCAUAAUAAUAAAUCGCCACCCAGCAACAACCUCAAGAACAAUCUCAAACCACCCCGCCCCUCCAACGAAGCGAUAUCCGGCAUCCCGGACAAAAUAUGGCACUCGGCAAAAACCACCAACCUAACCUCCGACCAAGAUGACUGGAUCGCCAGCUGGAUCGAUAAAAACCCCUCCAUCCGCCAUGAACUCCUCACCGAUCUCUCAGGCGAGGCCUUUGUGCGAUCGCACUACGCUAACACCCGACCGGAUAUCGUCUCGGUAUACGAAGCGCUACCCAUCCCGAUCCUGAAGGCCGAUCUCCUCCGCUACCUGAUCAUCCUCGCCGAAGGUGGAAUCUGGAGCGACCUCGACGUGACCUGCGACGAACCGCUCGGCUCGUGGGUUCCUGCGGCGUAUAAAUCGCAGGAAAUUGACAUGAUCGUGGGUCUGGAAUUCGACCUCGAAUGGCGUGGCGAGGGGACGCAGGUCGCCUCGCAAUUCUGCAACUGGGUGUUCGCGGCGCGGCCAUCUUCCCGCAAUUUACAGGCGGUGGUGGAUGCUGUCGUGAGGAAGCUGGGUGAGAUCGCGGCGUUGAAUCGGCUACCGAUUGCGGAUUUGACGCUGGAUAUGCUGCCGAUUGAUGUGGUGGAUGUGACGGGGCCGAAGAUCAUGACAAUCGCACUGUUGGAUGGCUUGCGAACUUUGCUGGGGCGGCCGGUCGAUGAUCGUGAUUUUCAUGCGAUUAAGACGCCGACGUUGGUGGGCGAUUUGCUCAUCAUGCCUGGCAAUUCGUUUGCCGCGGCGCAGAACGGGUACCCUGAGGACCAGGGGGAGAAGUUGGUGACGCAUCAUUAUGCGGGGUCGUGGAAGGAGGCGGAUAAGGAGGCGAAGGAGAGGAAGAAGGCCCAGAAGGAUCAGGGGAGUGGGAGUGGGGCUUCGUGAAUUGAGGGAUGGAAAUGUUGAUAAAUUUGGGUUGCAUGUUGGUUGGGUUUGGCGGAAAGCCCUGUAUUGCCCACAGUGUACAUACUAGUCUCAUUGAAGACUUUGGCGAAACAUCUGGAGAUGUGUAAUCAGUGCAGGUCAACGUUAC